AUGUUUGGUGAUGAUAUUGCCAAAGCAACCAGUGACUGGAACGGUCUGAGGAUUACGGUGAAACUGACCAUUGAGAACAGUGAGGCCCAGAUUGAGAUGGUGCCUUCUGUCUCUGCCCUGAUCAUCACAGCCUUCAAAGAACUGCCACGAGGCAGAAAGAAGCUAAAAGCAUUAAGGACAAUGGAAAUAUCACUUUUGAUGAGAUUGCCAACAUUGCCCAACAGACGUGGCACUGAUCUUCCCCUAGAGAAUUCUCUGGGCUGCAACGUUGUUGAUGGCCACCACCUUCAUGACGUCAUAGGUGACAUUAACAGCGGCGCAGCGGAAUGCAAGAAUAGUUAA